AUGUUGAUUCAUAAUUUAAAAGUCUUGAAAGGAACAAAUGCCAGCAAGCCUGCAGGUUUCAUCUUACUGGGAUUUUCUGAUUUGCCCCAGGUGGAGUGGAUUCUCCUUGCACUCAUAUCUAUCAUAUAUAUUCUGACAUUGAUGGGGAACACAGCCAUAAUACUCGUUUCAUAUUUGAAUCCCAAACUCCACACGCCCAUGUACUUCUUCCUUUCAAAUCUCUCCUUCCUGGACCUUUGUUUCACAACCAGUAUUGUCCCACAGAUGCUUUGGAAUAUUAAAGGCCCCGAGAAGACCAUUAGCUACACUGGUUGUGUAAUCCAACUAUACUGUGUUUUGGGGUUGGGCUCCACAGAAUGUAUUCUUCUAACUGUAAUGGCCUAUGAUCGCUUCAAUGCUAUCUGUCGACCCCUCCACUAUUGCGUUAUCAUGCACCCCAAACGUCUUUGGCAAUUAACAGCUGUGGCAUGGAUUAGUGGUUUUCUGGAGUCAACAGUACAGACCACGCUUGUUUUCCAGUUGUCUCUAUGCAGUCACCAUAGGGUGGAUGAUUUUGUGUGUGAAGAGCCUGCUCUCAUAAAAAUUGCAUGCAUAGACACAACUUUCUUGGAGAAUGAGCUAUCUGUAGCUUGUGUCCUCUAUGUGGUUUUACCUCUGGGACUCAUUUUGGUCUCUUAUGGCUGCAUUGUGAGGAGUGUGCUGAGAAUAAAAUCAGCUGAAGUCAGAAGAAAAGCCUUUGGAACCUGUGGGUCUCACCUGAUUGUUGUAGUUUUGUUCUUCGGGACAAUAAUUUGUGUCUACAUCCAACCUAAGAGCAAGUACACACAGAAUCAUAGUAAAUUCCUCACACUUUUCUAUACUGUAGUGACUCCCUCUCUUAAUCCUUUGAUCUACACCUUGAGAAACAAAGAGGUUAAGACAGCUCUGAAAAGACUUCUGUCAAGAGACUUCAGUUAG